AUGUCUGCUUUUUAUCUGACAGAGACUCAAAAGCCAAUCUCGGAGUACUACACGCGACAACCUAGAGGUGGAGGCGGUGCUUGGAUCAAAGGUGCUGAAACAGACACAUCUGAGGAUCUGAUACGUCGAUGGGUUGUUUUAGCUCUCAAGGAGGGAAGGCCCAGCCUUCAACUUGAGAACAAAAACGGACCAAAAUUGUACAGCGCAGAAGUCUGGGUUAUUACAGCCAACAACAUAAAGGGGGUGGAAGAAAUGCUUGGAUCAUAA